AUUGGCCGCGGCGUGCCGUACCGCGGCGGUGGCGGGGGAACGGGCUGUGGACGGCGCCGCAGAAUCGGCGCCAGCGCGAGUCUCGGCUUCAGGCCCCGGCUACGUCCUCGCUUCCCAGUGCCAGCCCACCUGCCGGGAUGCAGUGGGCCGUGGGCCGGCGGUGGGUGUGGGCCGCGCUGCUGCUGGGUGCCGCAGCGGUGCUGGCCCAGGCGGUCUGGCUCUGGCUGGGCACGCAGAGCUUCAUCUUCCAGCGCGAAGAGAUCGCGCAGCUGGCCCGGCAGUACGCGGGGCUGGACCACGAGCUAGCCUUCUCGAGGCUGAUCGUGGAGCUGCGGAAGCUGCACCCAGGCCAUGUGCUGCCCGACGAGGAGCUGCAGUGGGUGUUCGUGAACGCGGGCGGCUGGAUGGGCGCCAUGUGCCUCCUGCACGCCUCGCUGACAGAGUAUGUGCUGCUCUUCGGCACCGCCCUGGGCUCUGGCGGCCACUCGGGACGCUAUUGGGCUGAGAUCUCGGACACCAUCAUCUCUGGCACCUUUCACCAGUGGAGAGAAGGCACUACUAAAAGUGAGGUCUUCUACCCAGGGGAGACAGUGGUGCACGGGCCUGGCGAGGCAACGGCUGUGGAAUGGGGGCCAAACACGUGGAUGGUGGAGUACGGCCGGGGUGUCAUCCCAUCUACCCUGGCCUUUGCGCUAGCCGACACAAUCUUCAGCACCCAGGACUUCCUCACCUUCUUCUAUACUCUUCGCGCUUAUGCCCGGGGCCUCCGGCUUGAGCUCACCACCUACCUCUUCGGCCAGGACCCCUGACCAACCAGGCCUGAAAAGAGGACCUGUGGAUGAAAAGGAGCGGGCAGGCCCGCACACAUCCACUUACUGGAUCCCUUGUGAAAAGACAGGGACAUAUUCACAACAUUCAGUUACUGAGUUCCUGCCAUAUAAGCAGGGACAUACAUGCUUAUAUAACCAAACAGAUCCAUGGGAACAUAUGGGACACAUUCGGAUACUGAAUCCUGUGUGUAUGGAGCAUCAUGCAUUCAUACCCAUCCAGAGAGGACUCCCCACUUAUACCAAGGGGGCCAGUCAUGUUCAAACACAUAACACAAGCUUGACUCACUAACUCAGGCCUUUCCAGAGCCUUCCUGCCCCCACUCAGGGCUCUGGAGUUAGGGAUGGGGGUGGGUAUUAUACUCUGCCUGGGUCUGACUCCUCAACCCAGCAGCAAAAGGGGACCUGGGGAAGACGAGCUGCCUUUGGAGGCCCUUUCACCUGCAGCUAUGAUGCUCUUCCCCCUUCCUCUCCCUGUCCUCACCAUAUGCCUUACCUCCACCUGUUCCCCUGCUAUGCAAGUGCCCUCAUGGUCUGGGACCCACCCUUUCAGCAGUCCAGUUGGCUGGGGAACCAGAAGAAUGUGGAGAACGCUGGGGUCUAUGGCCUGUCCUAAAGGACCACCUUCCCCGGGGCUGUGGUGGGGAGGUUGACCUCAGCCCAAGGCCCACCACUGGGAAGAGGAUCUGGUGUAUCUAGGUCCAAGGGGCCUUCUCUAGCCUAGAGAAGGCCACUUCCCUACAUACCCCUUCAGUUUCCAGAUACUGCCCCUGAUGCAUUCUCUUAACCAUUUGUCUGUCUGUUAAUAAAAACCUGUUGAACAGUU